GCGCGUGGUCUUCCUGAGCGACGACGCCCUCCAGACCUUCCGCGCGCGGUGCAGCGCCUUGCUGCAGAUGGUGUUCGCGCCCGACUCGAAUCGGGUCAUGCGGGGGGUGUUCUUUCCCAAGCCCGACGGCGGCAGGCGCGCCAUCGGAAUCUUCCCUGGCACGAUCUGCGACGCGCGUGCAUGGGGGCUAGCUGCGGCAGGUGAAUGGACCGCGACCAACAAGAGUACCUGCCUGUCCAUCCUGCUGGACUUGUCCAAGGCGUGCGAGUACAUUCGUUGGCGCGAGCUCCAAGAGCGAGCUCGAGGAGGGCUCGGCUUCAACGGGUGCCUGCUGAGGCGCGCCGUGGUGGCAGGUGGUUCCUUCGCUGACCUUAUGACGCGCAGCUUCCUCAUCUCCAUCCUGGGCGCCAUGGCGAUGAUGCAUGGCAUCUCGGACGGCAGCGUGGUCGACGACAUCCAGAUGCAGGAGGUCGGGCCGUUGGUGAACGAGAAGAAAGGCAAGCCCGUGAGCGGCGACUUCGAGGCAGCCGAGGAGUUCGGCCGCAGGUCUCCCUUGCUCGUGCAGGCGCGGGAUCGGUCGACGAGGAACCUGGGCUGCGACUUCGCCUGCGGCAAGCCUGUCGGCGUGCAGGCGCGGCUGGGGCGCCUGGGCGAG